AUGCCCUUCCCUUUUCGAGAACACUACAAACGCGCAGCUUGUGGAUUCCUAUCCUGCUGUGACCGACAACCAGCGAAUCCAGAGUUCGAUCCGCGAUAUUCGGACGCGACGUCUCCGCCAAAAUACUCGCUCAUAGGGUUGAGAUCAUGGCCGAAAACAGCGUCUCCAGAUACACAGAGACUCAGUUGGACUACGAAACGCAAGAAGAGUUCUUCCGCAAGACAACAGCAGCAGCAGCAACGGCAACAACGAGGAAACGACAACACUGGAUACGAAGAUGCAUCCGACGUGACCUAUGAAGAGACCGGAAAGACAAGUUCUGCCCACGAUAUCGAGCUCUUUGCGCCUGGACGGGAGCAGCCUAUUUACCGCUGCGUCCUGCUGGAUACAUCAUCCUUCGUCGAUGCAGUUUCCGACGAGUUUCCGCGCCUCUUGAACGUCCCAAUGGGCGAAUACAAUGGCGGAGAAGUCCGCAUGCCUAACGGGUUCUUUGUGAAGCCGGUGGGGACACUAGAGGUGAACUGGAAGAUAUAUAAAGGGAAGCGUCCGUUUAGAACAAAAUGUGUGGUUAUCAAGGACAGCCAGUUUGAUAUGCUGCUGGGGCUGCCCUCUAUCCAGCGCUACGGGCUGUUUGAAGAGGAUGAGGAUAACUCAGAAAGAUUGACGUAUCGAUGA